GAGAGGAGGAGGAGGAGAGAGAGAGAGAGAGAGAGAGAGUAAGCAGAGGGUAAUCAGUCGGUCCAGCACUCAAGAGGCAGCAUCAUGGCACCUAUCGGAUUAAAGGCGGUGGUCGGCGAAAAGAUUAUGAACGAUGUUAUCAAGAAGGUGAAGAAGAAGGGAGAAUGGAAGGCUCUGAUUGUGGACCAGCUGAGCAUGAGGAUGUUGUCAUCCUGCUGCAAGAUGACAGACAUCAUGACAGAGGGCAUCACCAUUGUGGAGGACAUCAUGAAACGACGAGAGCCGCUGCCGAGCCUGGAGGCCAUUUAUCUGAUAACACCCACAGAGAAGUCUGUCCACACCCUCAUUGCAGACUUCAAAGACCCUCAUUCAUCCAAAUACAAGGCAGCCCAUGUUUUCUUCACUGACUCCUGCCCCGAUCCUCUCUUUAAUGAGCUGGUGAAGAGCCGGGCUUCCAAAGUCGUCAAGACUCUGACGGAGAUCAACAUCGCCUUCUUGCCCUACGAGUCUCAGGUGUAUUCUCUGGACAAUCCAGAUGCCUUUCACAGUUUCUACAGCCCUCAUAAGACCCAGCUGAAGAACCCAGUGAUGGAGAGGCUGGCCGAGCAGCUGGCGACACUCUGUGCCACCCUGAAAGAGUAUCCUGCUGUCAGAUACCGAGGGGAGUACAAGGACAACGCCACCCUGGCCCAGCUGGUUCAGGACAAACUUGAUGCGUACAAGGCUGAUGACCCCACCAUGGGAGAGGGUCCGGAUAAGGCUCGCUCACAGCUGAUCAUUCUGGAUAGGGGAUUUGACCCUGUCUCACCCGUCCUGCACGAGCUCACCUUUCAGGCUAUGGGCUACGACCUGCUGCCCAUUGAAAAUGACGUCUACAAAUAUGAGACCAGCGGCAUCGGAGACUCACGUGAGAAAGAGGUCCUUCUGCAUGAAGACGAUGACCUGUGGGUGAGCCUGAGACACAAACACAUAGCCGAGGUGUCCCAGGAAGUGACGCGCCAGCUGAAAGACUUUUCUUCCAGCAAGAGGAUGAACACCGGAGAGAAGACCACGAUGAGGGAUCUCUCCCAGAUGCUGAAGAAGAUGCCUCAGUAUCAGAAGGAGCUCAGCAAGUACUCCACUCACCUGCAGCUGGCUGAGGAUUGCAUGAAGCAUUACCAGGGAACAGUGGACAAACUGUGCCGUGUGGAACAGGAUCUGGCUAUGGGCACAGAUGCUGAGGGAGAGAAGAUCAAAGAUCCCAUGAGGGCCAUUGUGCCCAUCCUGCUGGAUGCCAAUGUCAGCACAUAUGACAAGAUCCGCAUCAUCCUGCUUUACAUUUUCCUUAAGAACGGCAUUACGGAGGAGAACCUCAACAAGCUGAUCCAGCAUGCUCAGAUUCCCCCUGAAGACAGUGAGAUCAUCACCAACAUGGGUCACCUGGGCGUCCCCAUCAUCACAGAUUCCACCCUCCGCAGAGGGAAAAAGGUCGACAGGAAGGAGCGUGUGAGUGAGCAGACCUAUCAGCUGUCCCGCUGGACACCGCUGAUCAAGGACAUCAUGGAGGAUGCUAUUGACGAUAAACUGGACACCAAGCACUAUCCUUACAUCUCUACCCGCUCCUCUGCGUCCUUCAGCACCACUGCAGUCAGUGCUCGGUACGGCCACUGGCACAAGAACAAGACACCCGGAGAGUACCGCACUGGGCCACGUGUCAUGGUAUUCAUCAUCGGCGGCGUGUCUUUCAGCGAAAUGCGCUGUGCCUAUGAGGUCACACAGGCCAAUGGGAAGUGGGAAGCCAUCAUUGGUUCCACCCACAUGCUCACCCCCACCAAAUUCUUAAAGGACCUGCAGCAUCCCGACUUCCGAGAGUCCACUAGGGUGUCCUUUGAGGACCCUGACCCCUCAGCCGAGUGAGGCAGAGACAGAUUGGGAGGGAGGGAGAGAGAAAUCACACAGAAAAAAGUAAAGGCAGCCGUGCAAAGAAGCCCUUUCUGAACCUUCACAGCACAAGGGCUUUCUUCCUUGUUCCUUCUUUUUUGAACACUCAGUACUGUUUUAUGUAACUCCACCCUCCUCCUCCCCACUUCCUCAGGGAUGGAUGCCCCCGACAUUUCCUCACUGCAUGGACUGCUCCAUCAGACUCCCUAUGUAUCAGUAACUCAACCGCGACUCCGUCAUGUGUUUCAGACUGAAACCAUAAGUCCAAACAGGUGUAUUCUUGCAAAGUCUCUCAGCUUAUCCACAAAUCCAGUGCAAUAAACAUAUAACAUUUCAACUAUUUAAAUUAACUGUAAGAUUUGUUGGAGCAGUCUUAGCUCACAUCCUCACAACGCUGAUGUGAUGAUGGCAUGCGUAUCACACUUCCUGUAUCCUGAACUCUGUGCUGAUCAGCGGCCAUGCCUGAGGAGGUCGUGAACCCAUCCCUGCUGCCUCCUCCCAUCAUCUCUGCAGGGUGGAUUAAAUCGCCCCGUGAUGGCCGCCCAAAGGCCCUUUGAUCUUGUUUAAAACUCACUCCAGAUUUAAUCUGCCCCAACAUCUUUAUCAGUUCCUAUGAUUUAUUUUUAUAAUUUGCCCUUUACAUACAGAAAACAAACACCUUUUUUUGUUACUGGUUCCAGAUUGGUCCUUGAGUUGAUGUUGGGUUUCAGAGACACACUUUAUCAUUUCUUCUCUGUUUUUUUUUAAAUCCUUGUGUAUUUUUUUUUCUUUGUUUUGACCGCCUGACUUUGUCCACUCAGCUCACCAUCACAUGCUCACAUGGCUCAUGACCUGUCUGCAGAGGGUGCUGGACUUUAGCGAAUGUUGUCAUGAUGAUGGAGAUCUGCUGACAAGCAGGGCAGCUGGGUGACAGAUAGGAAACCAAGCAACCCAAAAUAAGUUCAUAUGCAUUCAUAUGAAUAUUUGCCUUCUGUAUUACCGUCACAACUCCUCUGUGCGGACAGUCUGAGAAUGUAGCAUUGUUCCACCUGAUAUGCUUUAGCAACCCACCUAAAAAAAAAAAAAAGACAGAGAGAGAGAGAUCCCAAAAAACCAUCUCCUAACAUGGUGCACUAUCCACAUCUUCAAAAUACUCAUCUUCUGUCUUAGUAUUCAGCACAUCACCUUGUUUAUGUGAGCACAUAUAUAUUAAUAACUGAUAAUGCUUUCAAAGCAGCUCCUUUUAGACAACAUCACAUACCUGGACACACACACUGAUGGAUAAAUUAGUGAGUUUAAAGUCUUUGCUUUUGAGUCUUCUAUUGAUUGCUGAAAAAAGCAAUCCUGUUACCUACAUAUGUGGAGAACCAAACAAUGAAUUUCAGAUUAAAAAAAAAAAAGUUUAGCGGCAUAAAAUUAGCCAAAAGCUCAGGUGUAUUUAAUAAAGAUUAAAUACCAUACCUAAUUUCAAUUUGGUGAGUCUACCCUUCAGGGUGGUCUCCUUGAGCAGUGUUACAGUAUUUCCCACUCCGCUGUUGAUAUCGGUCGGAGAUAGUUCCAUUCUGCCUUUUAUUUAGUGCAUCGGGAUAUUUUCCAGUGUGUUAAUACAGUAAUGUGAAAAAAGAAAGUUCACCGGACUCUAUGCACAGUGCAAUGUUUGGCAUACUGGCACCAACACCUCAUUCCAAUUAUCAAGCAUGGCGGUGGAGGAGUGAUGAUUUUGGCUUGUUUUGCAGCUGCAGGUCCACUCAGGUACUCAGUCAGUAUCUUCAAACUCUUUCCAGUCAGUUUCAGUUGUUAUUAAAUCUAAUCUGCAGUAACUAUGGCUCUUCUGUGAUUGAUCAAGAGAUCCAUUGUCAUUGAACUAGAUAACCUAGCCUUGGUUGACAUAACCAUCAGAAGGCAGAGGCAGCUGCCAACCUCGUCUCCUGGACACCAUCCUUGUACACCAUAAAGGGUCAUUGCAGUGGCAUCGAUUUUUUUACAUUAGAUAACGAUUCCUCCCGUCUACUUUCCAAGCUCAGCCAUCACUAUUCAGUGCAUCUGCCAGGCCCAGGAGUCACUGCCUGUUCUCUAAUUGCAACCUCUGGCCAAGUUAGUGUCAUUAGCAGUGAAUUUCCAUCAUUUGUAUUUGGGGUCUGGGACCUUAACGAGUGAACUGAAAGUAAUUUAUGUGAAUAUCUCCAGCUGGACCACACCCCUUCCAGUCAUACUUCUAUAAAUACCUUCCUGCACCACAUACCCAUUUGUUCUCAUUCGUGUUUGGGGUUGUUGUCUGGGGUCCUGGACUUUACUUUAGCAUUGUGACAUGAAUGUUGUAAAGAGUGGCCCAAAAUCUUUCCACAGCGAUAUGAGAGACUGAUGAAGUCAUACAGAAAAUUAUUACUUCAAGUUAUUGUUGCUAAAGGUGUUGAAUCAUGAGCUGUUCCUAACGAGACCACAUAGAGUCUGGUAAACGGUUUCUCUUUCACAUAACUGUAUCUCAACCCUCCUGUUUAAAUUUGUGUAAUGAAAUUGAAACUGGUCAGAUCGGACUCCUAGGGAAAAAUAUGAAAUGGGACCAGUGCUGGAAGCGAUCAAAAGGUACACGAGGAGAUGACCUUGAAGUGCACACUGACCAAACUUAAACCAGGUGUGGCUUCUGGUUUUCAGAUGGGUGGAGUCGUGACCUUUUUAUUACACUUUUAACUGAAACCAGGGCUGUUGAGAGAAGAUGAUGCUCAAUUUGCUUUGAACAAAGGGUUAAAAAGAAAACAUUUUAUGCUUUAAUGAGCUUUUAAUAAGACUACAUCCCUUAGUGAUCACCAAAAAACAUGGCUCCAUAAUGCUUUUCUAUUAAUAUCUUUGACUGGUUAUUUCAUGAUUAUUAAUUAGUAAAAAGCUAAUAUAUAAUGCAGUUUUUUAUUAGACUAGAAUGUUGAACAUCCAUCUCAUGUAUGACUAAUCUGCUAAAGCAAUAUCAUUUACAAACCAAGCUUUUUUUUUUUAAGGUUUUCUCAGUAAGCUCUCACAGCUCUCACCAUAAGCGGUAUGAAGCCUCCCUCCCCACAUUCUGCUGCAUUCAAAGCUUCCUGAGUAAAAAUGGCCAUUACUUCCUAAAACAAGUCUUUUUGUUUUACUGUGCUAUUAUAUGCCAGUAUUUUGUGGUGUUGGAGCAUAACAUCACAGUGUUGUUUCUGGGGCUAAAAAUGCCCACCAAGCUGUGUGUUUUGGGAACAGCAGAGAAGCAGGCGAAGCCAAUUCGACAUUCUAGCCUGACCCCAUCUUUAACCCACUCACCCCCUUGAACCCCCACUCACGAUCUCUGAUUCCUGCAACCACCGCAUCACCUUAACCCAAUAUAAAAUGGACUCGCCUCUUUCUCUUCUGUUUAUUCGGGGGAUUUUUGUUUGAUUUUUUUUGCCUUUAACUGCUUCCACUUCACGUGCCCCCACGCGGAUCAGGUUAACGUGUUAGAGGUAAAGCAGCUAAUCAAGCCAAACUGGAAGAAACAUGCAGCUUUGCAACAGAAACAAACCAAUAUAGGUCAAAAACUGUUGGUGUCUGGAGUAAAUCAAAUCAAAUGUUUACCCUCCUUAUGUUCAGGAAUUAAGACACAAGUAAAUGUUUGCUUUGCUCCAGUCCUGCACCUUUCAAGUUUUACAAUGUCUGAAAUGUGUCUUCAGCUGUCCAUCCUUGUGCCAUUAGAAUUACUGAUUUUCACAUUUACAUUUCCAUUCAAAGUUAGACAGCGGAGUCAGCUCACUGGUUUUGGAUUUCAUGACUUGACUUCUUGAAAUACUUAUAGCCUUUUCAGCUGUCUGCAUGCCCUUUUAACCCUUGGAUGCACAACCUACCAAUACCUACACUCUUCCACGAGUGGGGUCAAAAAUGACCCCAAAUAGAAACAAUGCAUUUUGCUAUGAACUUGGUUGUUAUUCUUUAAAAUCUUUAAAACAAAGAGUUGUAACAUUCUCAUAUUUGAGGUAUUCGUCAUAAAACAUGUUUGUGACAUGAGGCCCUUUGCAUUUUAAUUUAUUUUUUCAUUAAUUUUAAGAAAUUGCAGUUUUUGUAUCCUUGUAUUACUUUUGUAUGCUUGCUCGGCAUAUACUGCAGAAGCUGCGCCUUCCCUCUGAAAAGCACAAGUUGUUCAUCCACUGUAACACAAUCACUGAGGAUGAAUUUCUGCCUGCAGUUGACCAGGAACAGGCCCCAUAUGUAGCGGAAAGCUGCCAUGUGGGUUGUUUUCAGUCGGUAGGCUCUGGUCCUCUUGUCAUCAAAGUGCAAGAAACGGCGAAUAUGUUCAAAUCUUUGAAUUGACAUAGUGGCCUUGUACAGUGGGUUAUGCAGAGGACUCCCAAAAAACCCACCGACUGGUACAUCCCAGUUCUUCUCACUUCCUGCAAGAAUGGUCAAUCAAAUGAAGGCCAGGAGCUUAUGUUUGAUUAAAUUUUUCCACUCUUUUCCCCGGUCUGUGGCUACUCUUCAUGCCUCCAUGUUUGUGCAUGUCAGCACCUCUUCUAUUAUAUUAUCAGACAUGAACAUCUUCCAUGCAUCUACUGGGGAGACAGUACUAAACCCAGGUGCAAGCCCCAGUAUAUUGUGGCUAGAGCAGUAAGAGGGGCUCAUUCUGUUAGACUCAAUAGCCAUUUCCUCUUCAGAGGACUCAUCAGAGGACUCUUCUGUGUCUGACUGGCCUUGUUCAGUGGGGGGGACAAUAGUCUGGGUCCUCUAUAUCUUAGAUGUCAGAUUCUGAGUCAAUGCCUCUGAUGGGCUCAUCAUCCCAUCCGUCCUGGAUCAUUUGUAGGGCAAGGUCCACAGGGAUCCUAGCUGGCCUCAUAGCAGCGAUGUUACUUUAGAUAUUAAAAAAAAAAAAAACAUCAGAAAGGACAAUGUUUGAAAUGCAAAGGAAACUAUAAACAGGGCUGCACAUAAAUGGUUCGCAGGUGCGCAUUCGCUGUCAAAAUAAAAGACGCACCAGAUAAGAAGUUGGAAUGCGCGUUUGCGUACAUAAGAUGUUCUGGAGGAGGCCAGACAUUUGUUCAGAACUCUUAAAGAUGUCGAAAAAGCAAGCUCCAUAAGCAUUUACUUUGGUGUUCCUCCACCGCAAAAGAAGCGGGUAUUCUCUGAAUUUUAGGGAAUACUUUUAUUUUGACAGUGAAUGUGCACCUGCGGACCACUUAUGUGCAGCCCUGACUAUAAAUCAUGUAUGUUACUGUGUAAUAAUUAAUUCCUGAUCCAUCAGAUGAAUAAGUGGGACAGUCAGAGCUGCUAAGAAUGAAAGUUUCAUAGAAGAUUCCAUAGGAACUGCUUGGGGUCAUUUUUGACCCCACUUGUGGAAGAGUGGGGUAGUGAUACAAAAACUGCAUUUUUUUUUUAAAUUAAUGAAAAAAUUAAAAAAAAUGCAAAUGGCCUCAUGUUACAAACAUAUUUUAUGAGGAAUACCUGGAAUAUGAAUAUAUUACAACUUUUCAUUUUAAAGAUUUUGAAGAAAAACAACCCCCACGUGUGCAUCUAAGGGUUAAUAAAGGUUGCACAUUUUCGUGGUUGUGCAUAUUGGGGUUUGUCACGUGAUGUCAUGCACACAUUGCUUGAGAGUUGUCUACCAUAUUGGAUGUGAUACAGUCAUGGAUUGCUAGGGGAAAAUGCAUAUUCCACCAACUGGAUGGCAAUGGUUUCUCGAGGUUGCUGACGCUUGCUGGGUGAAAUUGGUUGCAAAGACAAUGCUGCAACAAAAACUUUGUUUGCUAGCAGAUUCCCACAGUCACCUUUAGUUUUUCAAGUCUGGCUGGAAAUGCUCAUUAACUACUAGCCUAGCGGUAGAUCAUUUUGACAAAGUACAAGGAAGACAGAAGAAGGUUCACCUUUACACUUCAAAGUAAAAGCAGCUCUUGCAUCACACUUGUCACAGUUUUGCUACAGCUCGAAGAGUAUUAGCUAGCUUCCAUUCAAACUACAACUGAAGCAAUAGGCUAGUAACUGGCUAGGGAGUACACAUUUUUCCUCUAGUAGGUGGUUACCCAGGGAUUACUCACCCAUGUUGUUGGCCUGUUUGAUUGAGUCUUUAGCAAUCAUUUUCCCAAUGACUGCCAUUAACCUCCAGCAAGCACUCGGAACCAGAUGAGAAAUACUCCUUUUUUUUUGGCUGCCAGAUAGCUGCAAACUGGUGGCUAGGCCUGUGUGACAUUUCUCACUUACUCCUACAUUGUCACCUUGAUUGUCACACAUCCAAAAUGGCAGACAAGUUAACGUUGUGUGGUUCGCGGUCACGUGUCUGCAAAACCUCAAUACAGAUUUGGUGUUGCAGGUUUUCAACUAGCCCACCUGCUGCUUUAAGCUAACUUAGUCAUAGUAGUUGUGUGGCGCCAUCUCUGACCUGUGUGCUCCCAUUGUGUUCAGCUGCAUGUGAUUUAUAACACAGCCUAAUAACUCGGUAUCUGACUGUAUGUUUGUGGAGUGAGUGUGUUAGAGUAGAGUAGUGCAUUACAUACUCCUGCACAAGUUCACAAAAAUUCCAGAAAUUAAAGGGGACCUAUUGUGCUCAUUCCCACUUUGACUUUAUUUUGGAACUAUAUAAGUAUAGUUUUAUGUUACAGUUUAAAAAAACAAAUCUUUGUAUCUUAUACUGGUACUAUUUGCAGCUCCUCACUUUAUCUCUUAAACAUAUUACAAAUUAAAUUUCUGAUUCUCACAACAAAAUUCAAACUUUGAUGGACACACUGUGUUACUCCAGUACAAUUUUGGGGAUCUAUUGGUAGGAUAAGUGCCCGCCUAGAUACACACAAUACAAAUGUUGAAAAAGCUAAUUUAGCCACAUUAGCCUAGCAUUAGCCUUUGGAGCAGUCAUCAAUACAAGAUGAGUGUCAGUGAUAUAAUAUUACAGCUUCUAUUUUAUAGCUCUGGCUACACAAUCAAAAUUCAGCUUUAUACUGGCCUCAAAUUCCACUGUUUUGUACUUUUAGAAAGCUAAACAAAAUUAGCUUGUUUCUGUGACCAUCCAAUUAACAUCUGCUACAUCCCAGGGUAGAUUACAAGGAUUACUUGUCCAUAUGCUGAAGUAUUUUAAAGUUUGCCCAUGUCCAGUUCAAUGUAAUGUCAAUUGUAACAGUAUAUAUAUAUGACAGAAAAUAAAGAGAAGCAAAAUAGGUCCACUUUAAUGUGCAAAACAAUCUAAACCCAGAAAGGUUUUAGUCUAUUCUUAAAAUAGCCGGUAUGCAAAAUUUGAAGUGGUUUAAAUAGUCACUUAACCUUUAAUUCAUUUUCUGAUUUAUGUGACAUGAGCGUAAUGCUUUAACUUCCCUUUACAUUUAAUGUCUGUGUCAGUAAAGAAUACAAAGCAUCUCCUCAAGACAAAAAGGAGCGGAAACCCCCAAAAGCACUUAAACUUCCACUUGAGUACAGUGAAAAUACCUCCCGCCCUAACACUUUUAAAACUCUUUUAAUACAUAUUAAUAAUCCAUUUUAACCUGCUGACUAACAAAUUCCGAUUCCAUAACUUUACGAUCUAUCUUUACUUUCAACGUUAUGUAAGGUUGUCCUCAUCUAAAAAGUAGGCAUUCAUAACAUAAGCUGAAAACACAUUUUUCAUCAGUUUCCUUCCAAUCGUGCAGAUCUAACGCGCUGUGUUUGUGUGUCUCUUUAUGCGUGUGCGUGUCUCCAGGAUCGACUCACAUCUUCACUCCCACCAGCCUGCUGGAGCAGCUCAAGGCCAUGAACAAACCAGACGAGGAAGUGACGAGCUAAAAAUCCUCCAAUCAGUCUCUCUCCUCUUAACCUUACUCCCACCCCCCAUCCCACCCCCUUACAUCACCCCCCCCACAUCAUUCCCAACCAAAUCCUACACAUUAACUGUGUAUGCAUCUUGCUUGAGAAGAGAAAAGAUUUAGACAAAAAAAAAAGAUAUACGUUAUAUCAAAGAAUAAAAUUGUUGCAAGUAUUCUCAUGUUUUACAAUGGAUGCAACUAAAUAAACUUAUUUAAAAUUGAUUAAAUAUCAGAAAAGAAGGCCAUUUAAAAUGGAAAUGACCAAAAUGUAAUAUUGUACGGUAUGAAACCUGCUAGGAUGUGUAAAAGGUAAAUGAUUUCUCUUGUUUCUUUCGGUUACCUCCAUGGUGUGACUUUUACCGUAAGCAGAUAGAGGAGGGAUGUGCAGCCUGAGGGGUUCAUAUUGUAAAAAAAUAUAUCAGUCACCAUGCAAUACAUAGAUAUAUGCAUAGAUAUAUUUCAUCAGAGAGGAGCCUGUCCUAUCACCCUUCUCUUAUCCAUUUGAGAUGUUCGUAUUCAGUAGCAUGCUUGGACUGUGUUUGUAUCCAGUGUGGAUGUUCCGAGAGCCGCAUGUAAAUGUUGUGGUUGAAUAUGGCGCUGAAAAAACCUUUUUGUUUUGAGCAUCACAAAAAGAAAACUUUUCUUCAAGGAUUUUUAAGAGUUUAAGAGAGAAUUUCACUGGCCGCUUUAUUAGGGAUACCUUUGUCACUGCUUAUUAACACAAAUGUAUUGCUAGUAGGUCACAUGGCAGGAGCUUGAUGCAUGUAGGCAUGGUCAAGACCACCUGCUGAAAUUCUGGCGGCAAAAGGGGUCCAAAUCUGUGUCAGCAAGGUGUAACUAAUGAAGUGGCCGCUGAGUUUGUAUGCUCAAGUAAACUUGGUCCCAGCUACUGAGCUUACAGGCUAGCAGAGAAGAAAGCAUAAAGUGUUCAGGGAUGUAUUGAUUUUCAAGUUUUUGAUACUCAAAACAAGAUCUUUUGGUUUUAAGUAUUCAUUUUAAGAGCUCCCCUUAGUCGGUCGGAAAAGAGGAAGCUCUGUUAAAAGCCAGAAUCAUCCCUCCUCCAGCUGCCGAGACUGUAAAGUAUUUACUUGCCACAAUCUUUUUCCUUUCCUCUGCAGAGACGUCACGUUUCAAUGUCAAAAAGGCCGUUGCUUGCUGAUAUUUAAUAAAUAAUCCUCCAAAAAGGGCCAGUUGUAUUUCAGUAUUGUAUCCUGUCAGAUUAAGUCUUAUCAUUGGUUAGUAACGAUGUUUAAUUGGGCCAUGCACUGAGUAGUGUUGUGUAUAUGCCAUAUGUUGCUGUUUUAGCGUCUCACUGUUGAAUGGUGAUUUUUCUGACUGUGAAGUAGUGACAACUUUUAUUUUGACGAAAAAAAACAAAAAAAAAGCCAACGUGAAGCCGCCGUGUUUGUGGUGUUUUAGCUGUAGCUGUUUAGUGGUCCACUGGGAAAAAGAACUAAGAUCUAUAUUUUCUUUGUCUGUUUUCCUCCUCUGGUGCAAUGUAAAACCCUCCAAUGGUGAAUGGCUUUGCAAGUUUAAAAAAGAAAACAAAGAAAAACCCUGGAAACCCCUCGCCACUUUUCUUUCCUCCCUCUUUUGCCUCUUUCCUGGCCAAACAGUUGUAUAUUGCACUAUGAUGCGUUUUCUGUGAUGCAAACGCUUGUGUUUAUUUUUUCUUUUCUAUUAUAAUUUGCUGUUGUAUAGGGUUUACGCUGUCAAAUCAAUUGAUUUAUAUCAAAUUAUUUAUCAGAGAAGAUAAUAUUGAAACAUUAGUCUGUCCUAAAAACUGUUUAACUUAUUGGGAUUGUAUGUUUGCGAGUGUUGAAGCACAAACAAUACUUCCAUGUGUACCUAAUAUGUACUAAGGUUGUCUAAUAAAUUGGCUUCCAUUAUA